ACAGACCCACACACAUAUAUAUAUACACACAUGGAAAAUGAAAAUUUGGGAGAGAAUUAGAAAUAAUACAGUAAUAAUUAGUUGUCUAAAAUGGAUUCCUAAAUAAUUGGUUUGACAGUCAGACCGCCAAUACUAACAUCGCCUUUUACAAUACCUCUUUUCUUAUUCUUCAUAUAUAUAUAUAUAUUAAUUUUAUUUUAUUUUUAUUCAAUUCAAUUCGAUUCAAUUCAUUGUUGAAUUUUGACUUUUUCUCAGAUCUUAAGUCCAUCACUUUGACCAGGGUAUACAGUUGAAGAGUGUUUGAAUCCUUCUUCUGGACAAUGAAGAAGGCCUUCGAUCAAACUGUCAGGGACCUUAAAAGAGGAGUCAAUAAGAAAGUUCUUAAAGUUCCUUCGAUAGAACAAAAGGUUCUUGAUGCAACUAGUAAUGAGUCUUGGGGUCCCCAUGGAUCGCUUCUUGCUGAGAUUGCAAUGGCUUCAAGAAACUAUCAUGAAUACCAGAUGAUCAUGACAGUUAUUUGGAAGCGUAUUAAUGAUACUGGGAAAAAUUGGCGCCACGUGUACAAGGGUUUGACUGUUCUUGAGUACUUGGUAGCAAAUGGGUCGGAGCGUGUGAUAGCUGAGAUUAGGGAACAUGCUUACCAGAUAACGUCUUUGUCUGAUUUUCAGUAUCUUGAUCACACUGGAAGGGAUCAGGGGAACAAUGUAAGAAAGAAAUCGCAAAGUCUUGUGGCUCUAGUGAAUGAUAAUGAAAAAAUACAGGAAGUUAGGCAAAAGGCUGCAGCCAACUGGGACAAGUUUCACAACACAUCAGGUAGUUCAAAGUACAGGCCUGGAUUAUAUCCUGGUGCGGGAGGUUUUGAUGAUGAUCGAUACGAAGGCCGUUAUGGAAGUAGAGACGAAGACCGUAAUGGGUAUGGGAGGGAAAGAGAAUGGGGUGAUGACAAAUAUGGUAGUCGUGAUGGAGAUCGUUAUGGUGAAGAGCGAUAUGGUCGGGAUCGUUAUAGAGAUGAGGAAUCCCAUGGUAGAAGAAGUUCUGAUGGUGACAACUAUGGCCGAAGAAGCAGAAGCUCUGAUAGAGACCGCGAACGAGCUUAUGAAGAUGAGGGACCAUAUUCUUCAAGAGAAAGCAACGAGAAAGCUGAUGCUCAAUCUCAUGACGGAAGACAUUUUGAGCGGAAAUCUUCUGAACAAAAUCUUGGGGUUCCUCCUAGUUAUGAAGACGCUGUGGCUGGCGGACGUAGUCCCAUGUAUGGUGAGAGGGAUGGAGAGACAAAAUCUGCAUCCCCCUCUGUAACCACAAGUCAGGAAACCAUAGUUUCUGGCAACCCUGCUGUUGCUCCACCUUCGGUAGCUGCUAUGCCACCUCCAGCACCAGUAGGCACUACACAACCUCCACCUGCAGUUACCUUGAAUAAGGAAACUAAUGGGUUUGAUGAAUUUGAUCCCCGUGCUUCAUUUGGUUCAUUUCCAUCGGCACCACCAACAUCCGGUGGUACUGAAACAGAUUUAUUUGGUUCCUCAUCGGAUCCUUUCUCUUUGAAUGAAUUGGCCCUCGUGCCGGUUUCAGUUGCAACUUCUGAACCUGAUACUUUUACAAAUUCAAACUCUCCUAGUCAAGCCUUUGUUGCGGCUGCAUCUACAGCACCAGGUGGUUCUGGUCAGCCAUUUGAAGAUCCAUUUGGUGAUGGUCCUUUUAGAGCUGUCCCUUCUGCAGAUGGAUUUCCAGCCCCACCACAGUCUGCAUCUGCCUUUGGCCAAGGAGCAGAACCACCCCAAUCAGCAGCUCCGACACCGAACCCUGUGAAUAACUUUGGAUAUGGAGGAAGUUUUGACCAAAAUACCGAUAUUCUAGCAGAUCUUAUGCCACCAACUGGAUCUUCACAGACGGGUUAUCAAACUGCACCUGGCCAACUUCCAUUACAAGCUGGCUUUUCUUCUCAAGGAGGUUUUCCAUCUCAACCUAACCAAACUUCAUUCCAGUCGAGUUUCCCAGGUCAACCUACCUUUCAAGGUGGUCAACCUGGUCAACCAUCAUUUCAAGGAGGUCAAUCUGGCCAACCCACACUGCAACAAGACAGUCAACCCCACAAUGGCUUUCCACCUCAAGGUGGUCACCUUAUGUCGCAGUCUGGUUUUCCAACCCAUAGUGGUCAACCCACAGCUGCUGGUGGCUUUCCAUCUCAAAUGGGCUCUGGUAUUUCCGGUUCCAAUGGGCAACCUGCUCAUCAGAGCAACUUUUACGGGGGUUUUGAUCCUCAGAAUUCUUCAGCUCCCGUUCAACAUGUGACUCAAGCUACUGCUACAUCAACUGCACAGUCAAAUACUUCAAGUUUCUAUCAACAGCCACAGAUUCAGUCUACUUCUACCCUUAAUGCAUCAACAGGUGCUCUUGUUAUAGUUCCUCAAGAACCAGCCAAAUUUGAGACUAAGUCCACUGUCUGGGCUGAUACGUUGAACAGAGGGCUCGUUAAUUUGAAUAUAGCUGGAUCUAAAACAAACCCAUUGUCUAGUAUUGGGGUUGACUUUGAAGCCCUGAAUCGAAAGGAAAAGAGAAUGGAGAAACCCAGUGCAACUCCUGUUACUUCAAAUGUGACCAUGGGUAAGGCCAUGGGUUCUGGUACUGGAAUUGGACGUGCUGGUGCGGGUGCACUUAGACCCCAACAGAACCUCAUGGGUCAAAGCAUGGCUGGACCUGGUGUAACCCCUGGAUAUGCAGGUUAUGGAGGCAUGAACCAGCCGAUUGGCCAGUUCCAGAUGCAACCUCCUUCAGCCGGGUAUCCACCUCCUGGAGCUUACAACCCAAUGAUGGGCCGUGGUGGUGGUUAUGGUCAACAGCCCUAUGGUGGUGGCUAUAGAUAAAGUUCUGGUCAACUGUAUGGUAGGGACCAAAUUGAAAAGAAAAAGAGUAUAUUUACGCCCACAUGUGAAAACGAUCGAUACCUUCGGCGGAGUGUAAUUGCUGAACUUCGUUUCGGCGCAAAAGAUUUGUUGUGAUGGAAAUAUUAAAUGUUUUUUUGUGGAAAUCUUCAGGUUAAUGUAUGAUUAUAUCAUGUAAAAUUCAUGGCUUUGAUGAUCUUGUAGGUGGUGUGAAGUUUGUAUACCGUUGUUGAGGACAUCACCAUUCUCAGGUUGCCACGUGAACAAUUUUUGUCUUGUUGAUUGAAGCAUGUAUUUGCCUAUAGGUAUAAGAGAAGACUACAUAUUGUAUUCUUGUUUUUGACUUAUUGAACUCAUCGUGAUUAUGAAUCAAUGGUCUUAGAGAUAA